GAACCCCUGAAGGAAGGACAUGGCGAAAGUGAGUCGCAUGUGUCCGUGUUCAGCCGGAUGCGAGUGCCGGCCACGGAACGGUUGCAUGGCCGACGGAAUGCCUUCCUGUAGGACAGAGCAGGGAAAAUCAGGAUGCCUUGCGAGGAACAGUGUGACCGACACAGAAAAGCCCAUCCGGAAAGGCCAAGUUCCCAGAUCGAGCAGCCCAUCCAUCAUCCGAUCUUGAGAGCGCCGCAGGGGACGCCCAACGCGAUGGAUGGGGGCGUUGGCAGGUCGGGGGACGAGCGCCUCAAUUUUCUCUUGCAGAGGCUUGACGCCUUAAAAAAAAGAAGCGGGCCAGGACAGGUGGCCGAACCUGUGUUUAGACUCCGUUCUCCUUUCUCGGAGAGGAUUUUGAGGGCACCUUUGCCGAGUAGCUUCCAAAUGCCACCAAUAUCGAGAUCGAUCCCCACCACUCUCGACGGGUUGGCGUCUGAGUGGUUCAAUGAACUGCCUGAGAGGAAGAUCGAUUCCUGGGAAGAUUUGGCACGGAGGUUCCUAGUGCACUUCGCCGGAAACAGAAAGAAGAAGCUGCAUUUCUCGCAUCUCCUGUCGGUCAGACAGAGGCUGGACGAGCCAUUGAGGGAAUUCCUGACGAGAUGGAAGCUGGAGACCACCAGAGUUUAUGGAGCAGAUGACAAAACCAGGUUAUCCACUUUCCAUCUAGUUUUACGAUCGGGUGACUUCUCCAAGCGGUUGGCUUUGGAGAAGCCGAGGGAGUAUGCCAUCGCUCUAGCCAUGGCAGAGGACGAUGCCGAAGCAGAAGAGUUGGAGGCAAACAAGAAGAAAGAGGAGGCAGGAAGACUGGGCCCGGGCAGAGACCCGCGUGACAAACGGUCUUUCGGAAAGGACGCGUAUGAAGAAGGGGCCAAGGACAAGAAACCUUAUCCCCCCAGAGGUCCCAAGCUGUUAUUCCCGGAUGAACUUACACCUCUUACACACCCCGUCAGCGCCAUCCUAGAUUUCGCCGAGCAUCAAGGCUUGGUGGAAUAUGACUCGAGAUUCCCCCCGAUUUGCACUGUCGGGAAGAAACCGGCGGGGACCCAGCAGAAGAAGAGGAAGGAGAUAGGCCUUCCGAGUGACGAAGAAGAAGAGGCUAACCUUAGACAGAGGAGGGUUGAAGAUAGCCGGAUGAUCUACGGUGGUAAGACCAGAGGGAACAGCGCCGAGCAGAGGAAGAAGUGGGUGCACUCGGCUUACGUCGGGGACGUUUGCAGCGCACCUGGACCGUCGAAGAUUACGAAGAUAGAGCCCCUUCUAUUCGGUCCCAAGGACCUACCUGAGAUCCCAUCCCCGCACCGAAACGCCCUGACCGUCAAGUGCGAGAUCAACGAGGUGGUAAUUCACCGUUCCUACGUUGAUAAUGGGAGCUCGGUCAACAUCAUGUAUGUGAAGACAUUUGAGGAGCUGGGGUUGAAGAAAGAGCUCCUGAAAAGAGUAAGGACCCCUUUGUCCGGGUUCACAGGAGACAUCAUCGAUUCAGAGGGCCUGAUCGAGGUGAUGGUCACCUUCGGUGAUGGAGAACAUAAGAAGACCAUUCCGGUCGAGUUCAUGGUGGUGCGACUCCUUGGGUCCCACAACCUGAUUCUGGGCCAACCUGCACUGGAAGACCUCGAUUUCGUAAUGUCUGUGAAAUACCUGUGUAUGAAGUUCCCAACUGAUUCGGGAGUGGGAGUGUGCAGAGGAAACCAGAAGCUCGCCCGGCUCUGCUACCAAAAGCAGACAAAGAAGAUGUAUGCCCAGGAUUUGAGGGUGGACAACAUUGCCACGACACUAUUAAAGGAGGAAGAUGGACGUCCUUGAGCUGAGCCGGCCGAGGAAACAGAAGAUGUGGUGAUUAUGGAGGAGUAGCAGGAGAAGAAGAUCAAGCUCGGUAUCAACAUCGGUGCCGAGCUUCGGUCAAAAAUCAUUCAGGUACUCAGGGAGAACUUCGUGGUGUUCGCAUGGAAUGUCGAGGACAUGCCCGGAGUCAGCAAGUCUCUAAUCACCCACAGCCUCGUAGUGGGAGCGGAGACGGAGCCCAUAAAGCAGAGAAGGCGAC